AUGGCCAUGACUGAUUUGACUGCUCUGUCAUCGAUGCUUAAUGUUGGCUGUGUUCUUCCUGAUAAUAACACAACCAUGGCUGAUUUGAAUGUUCUUUCAUCGAUGAUUGAACAUAACCUGAACAACAUUACUAAAAGGUUGGAAACUCUGAAUGUUAUUGAGAAGACACAAAAUCAACCCCAUAUGCAAACACCAUUAUUGGCAAUACAUAACGAUCAAGAGUGA